AUGGAAGGAUCUUCUUGGUAUCAGAACUUCGCUAAUCUACUUUGUCUGCAGAUCCGCGCAUUAGUAUGUCCCUCGUCAUUCGCCCUUUAUCUGUUCAAUUAUUUUUAGAUAAAACUCUUUGGAUUUCCAAACGUUCAUACAUCUCAUUAGAGCCUUGUCCUCUAAAAUGUUUUCCCCGAAAUCUGAGCAUCGCUUCUCACGAUCACAUUUCCGGGAAACGAAUAAGACGAUGAAGAUGAUGAUUCGAUCUCAGGCUUCAUAAAAAAGGAGCAUUGUUCGGCGGAGAAAUGAGGAAAAAAGGCGGAUAAUGGAGUGGUGUAAUUACAGUUUGAAUGAACGAGCAUUGUGCCCUUUCAUGCGAUUUAUUACCCUCUAGCUCGAAUUGGAAGAGAAAGUCGAAAUAAAAUGGAAAUGGAUUUCAGGGAGUGCCGAGCGACGCCGCGGAGAAGAUUGAUUCGAAGGAGACGGAAGAGUGCGGAAGGUGCGACGGAGCCUGUUUCGACCGCAAAGGGACCGCAAUUUGUCGGCAGCACGAGAGUGAGUGAUCACUUUUUGAACGCCGAAAACCAAUUGGAAAUGCAUGAAUUCUCACCUGAUCGGUUCGAAAUGUGAAGGUUGACCCUAGAAAACUGUCCCGAGUGCUUUCUCUCUUUUUUCGAUUCUCGAUCACUGAGAAAUUGUUGAUCUGUGCGUGUCGUGAAGGGGAAAAAGAAGAGAAAAAGGACUGAAAUUAGUUAAAUUUACUCUCAAAUAUUGGCCAAAUAACCGUCAGCUUCUCCCCUUUCCCCUUCGGUUUUCGAUGCCUUCGGGGACCUAGUUUCACUCGGAAAUACAACUACUUUAAGAAGUAAUAAACGUAGUGACAAUGACUUUUUCGAUUACGUUUCUCGUUCCGAAAAAGUUUCGUUUUGUGCUCGCUCAAAAAGCGAAGAAGGAGUGGAAAAGGAAGAGAAAACGGGAAAAGAGUCGUCCAAUUACGGCAUUAGAAUGAAAGUGAGCAGUCAAGAAUUAAUGGGGGAAAACGGGAGAAAAAGUGUUUUCUUUUUAGAUGAUGCGCGUGGAAUCCACAUAAAUGAGCACGAGGAGCUCGUUUACCCGAACAACGCCACCUUCUCGUGAGUUACUAAUUCUUCGAACGUCAUCUGAAGAUCUUUGCUUUUCAGAAUCGCCUCUUCCAAACUCUCCAACUUUUCGUUCGAAUUCCGAACACUCAAACAGUUUGGUAAGUUAUAGAAUAAGCCGAGGCGUUGGCGGAAACGAGCGAGCGCCUAAAUCACGUCUUCUGUUUCUGUUCCUGCUUCCAGAUUUAAAGAGGGAUUUCAAGGGGAUUUGCAGAUCAGAACAACUCUUUCGCAGGCCCCGCUCUCGAAAAUAAGAAUGUUGAAUUCGUGCAUUGCAGGCGUUCUGUGGCUGGAGGGAGCAUGGAGCCAGACCGACGGCGACGGAGACUUCUUGCUCGUUUUCAUCGACGAGGGACGGCUGUACGUGGGCAUCAACCUGGGCACCGACCGGCAUUUGAAACCGAUCUCGACGAAUGUGACUGUGGCAGACAAUCAUUGGCAUACGGUAGCAUUCAGAAGGUAAGCAAGACUCGUGAUGUUCUUCUAGAGAUCAAUUGAGGAAAUGAGCCAAGAAACGUGGUAAAUAGAUUUCACGGCUGAGAAAGCUUCGAAUGAGAAAACGAGGGAAUAAAUCAGAGGAUGUCGUGCGGGCGGAAAGGAGCGUGUCUUCUGAUUCAUGACAGAAUGUUUCAGAAAAGAGCGAAAGUGCGAGCUGUGGGUCGACUCGAAGAAGCUGCUCCAAGUGGUCGCUUCCCCUGGAGACACCGCCCUCGACACGAACGGACUCGUCUACUUCGGAGGAGCCAUUCCAAAAAGCAUCGGCUUCUGA